AUGCUUUAUUCUUCUCAAAUAAGAGAUUUAUUAAUUCGAGAAAAAUCUAAACCAAUAAUUCAGUUGAAUGAAUUCUAUUAGAAUGAUUCAUAAGGCAUAUGUAGAAGAGAUAUUCUCGUUUAAUGGAUUGUUGCCUAAGCUUCGUAAUUUAGACAUUCUCUAAAAACUAUAGAACUGGCAGUCAUAUAUAUUGAUUCUUAUCUUAAUUAUUUUAAGAUAACUUAGGAAUACCUACAGUUACUAGGAAUUUCAGCCUAUUCUUUAGCAACUAAAUUUAAUGAAACAGAAACUGUGAGUUAGAUUAAUUUAUAUGAUUCUAAUGGUCAGAAUCUAUACUAGAAGGGAGAGUACGAUGAAAUGGAAGAGUAGAUAAUCAAAGUUAUGGGAUUUCAACUAAACUACAUUACCUCAUCAGAUUAUCUAUUGGCAAUGAAUAUUGAAAUAAAUGAAAAUGUCUAGAGUUUGUUAAUAUUUAUUCUCCUAGAUUUCGAUAUUUACAAACAUUCUCAUAUAGAACUCGCACUAGCAAUUGUUGCAUAUCUUCAGGAACAUUCAAUCUAAUUUACAGAGUGUAUUCUUAAACUAUCCAAACAUAUACAUAAUAAAAUACUCAAGGCUUAAGAAAUUGAAAUCGGUAAAUAAGAAAAUGAAGAUUCUAAAAGUAAAAUAAGAAAUUAAAAAAUAAACAAACACAUUACCAAAAACAAAGGUUUAACUCAUUAAAGGACUCCAAAACAAAAGAUUUGA